UUCUCGCGCACGCGCUCUCGGAUCGGUCUUCUUCCUACCGUUUGGUUACCCCGGCCAGAGUUGGUGGCUGGACCUCCUGAGACCUCGGGUUGCGAUGCUGCCCUUCUCUUUGCUCUGGGCGACUCGGCCUCUGCAGAGAUGUGGUCAGCUGGUCAGGAGGGCCAUCCGGUGCCAGCACAGUGAGGUGGCCCAGACCCAGACUGGAGAAGCAACCAGGGGCUGGACAGGCCAGGAGAGUCUGUCAGACAGUGACCCUGAGAUGUGGGAGCUGCUGCAGAGGGAGAAGGACAGGCAGUGUCGUGGCCUGGAGCUCAUUGCCUCAGAGAACUUCUGCAGCCGAGCGGCACUGGAGGCCCUGGGGUCCUGUCUCAACAACAAGUACUCGGAGGGUUAUCCUGGGAAGAGAUAUUAUGGAGGAGCAGAGGUAGUGGAUGAAAUUGAGCUGCUGUGUCAGCGGCGGGCCUUGGAGGCCUUUGACCUGGAUCCUGCACAGUGGGGAGUCAACGUCCAGCCAUACUCAGGCUCUCCGGCUAAUCUGGCUGCCUACACAGCCCUUCUGCAGCCUCAUGACCGAAUCAUGGGGCUGGACUUGCCUGAUGGGGGCCAUCUUACUCACGGUUACAUGUCUGAUGUCAAGCGGGUCUCAGCCACGUCCAUCUUCUUUGAGUCCAUGCCCUAUAAGCUAAAUCCUAAAACCGGCCUCAUCGACUACGACCAGUUGGCACUGACUGCCCGACUUUUCCGCCCGCGGCUCAUUAUAGCUGGCACCAGUGCCUACGCGCGCCUCAUUGACUACGCCCGCAUGAGAGAGGUGUGUGAUGAGGUCAAGGCACACCUCCUGGCAGACAUGGCCCACAUCAGUGGCCUGGUGGCUGCCAAGGUGAUCCCCUCACCUUUCAAGCAUGCGGAUGUUGUCACGACCACUACUCACAAGACCCUUCGAGGGGCCAGGUCAGGACUCAUCUUCUACCGGAAGGGGACGCGGGCUGUGGACCCCAAGACUGGCCGGGAGAUCCCUUACACAUUUGAGGACCGAAUCAACUUUGCUGUGUUCCCAUCCCUGCAGGGGGGGCCCCACAACCAUGCCAUUGCUGCCGUGGCUGUGGCCCUAAAGCAGGCCUGCACCCCCAUGUUCCGCGAGUACGCCCUGCAGGUUCUGAAGAAUGCUCGGGCCAUGGCUGAUGCCCUGCUAGAGCGAGGCUACUCACUCGUGUCUGGUGGCACCGACAACCACCUAGUGCUAGUGGAUCUGCGGCCCAAGGGUCUGGAUGGAGCUCGGGCUGAGCGGGUGCUGGAACUGGUCUCCAUCACAGCCAACAAGAACACCUGUCCUGGAGACCGAAGUGCCAUCACACCCGGGGGCCUGCGGCUCGGGGCCCCAGCCUUGACCUCUCGACAGUUCCGUGAGGAUGACUUCCGGAGAGUUGUGAACUUUAUAGAUGAAGGUGUCAGCAUUGGCUUGGAGGUGAAGAGCAAGACUGCCAAACUCCAGGAUUUCAAAUCCUUCCUGCUCAAGGACCCAGAAACAAGUCAUCGGCUGGCCGACCUCAGGCAACGGGUGGAGCAGUUUGCCAGGGCCUUCCCCAUGCCUGGUUUUGAUGAGCGCUGAGGGCCCUUAGGAAAUGAGGCCCACAGACUGAAGUUUAUUCUCCUUCUGUCUCCCGGGGCCAAUGGAGAGGAGAGCUAUCUUUCCAUUUUUUGCUGGAGGAGGGAAGGGCUCUUACCUUGGGAAAGACCCAGCUAUAUCCUGGACUUUGUAGCUGAGAAGAUUUCUUUUUGUAACUAGACUUAGGAGGAGGAAGCCUGGGGCUUUCUGCCCUGAGCUCUCCCAUUAUCUCAGUGUUACAGACUCCUUGCUCUUACUUGAAGAGAGGGGAGUUGCCCUUGUGAGCCAGAGGAAGGGGUGGGUAGGCACCCACCUUUCUGUUUUUAUCUAAUAAAAUGCUAUCCUGCCUUGAGCUCUCCUUUCACUGUGGGAGGGGUCCCCUGGGCCAGGUGGUGACUUGUCUCCCUCAAUGUGUUCCUCCCUCCCCUCCCACCACCACCACCACCACCACCACCAGGACUCCCCCCCCCCCCGGGGCCGCAGCCUCCUUUCUCUGUCUCUGAUCAGAGCCAACACCAGACGUGAUUAGCAGGCGCAGCAAAUUCAAUUUGUUAAAUGAAAUUGUAUUUUGCCCA